GUCUGAUUAAAAUGAGAUAUCUCCCAGCUCUACACGACCUUUCUUUGCAAAGUUAUAGAAUUUACAAGAAAAGCCCUAAAUUAUAGCUUUGAACUGACAAUGAACAUUUAGGGCUUUUCUUGUAAAUUCUAUAACUUUGCAAAGAAAGGUCGUGUAGAGCUGGGAGAUAUCUCAUUUUAAUCAGACAUUUGCGGUCUACAAUCAUGCUUCAUUAAGAAAGGUUUUGGUUACUUUUUAGAGUUUCGGCAAGACUGAUUUCCCAGAAAACCGGAUCUUCGUACGGUUAAGGGCAGCUCCCAUAAUCAUAUUCGGAAUCAGCAUGGUCGAAAGGCUAUAACCCACUAAAUUUCGAUCAAAAAGCGUUUUAUCACCUCGAGAGGUUCCCUCGUGAGAUCUAUCUACAGCAAUUCAUUGUAUGUUGCUCAUUUUCAACUUUUUCUUAUUUUUAGAAAUCGUCUGCUCUAUCAUCAAAUUAUUCUUCAUCAAAAAUCAAAUCAUUAACAACAUUUGUUCAACCGUCUUCUUCUUGUACGACUACUACUGCCACUAUAACUACUCGUCAGACAUUUGCUAGUCGUGUUAAACGUGCAUUUCUUCGGCCUCAUCGUGGUUCGACACAACGUCGACCACCAUUAAUAAAUGGUGAAUCACCGCGAUCAACAAAACUUCUAGUAACAUCAACAACAUCAAAAGCGAACUCAAAUCAGAAUAAUAAAGCAAUAAUAACUGAAUAG